UGUUGUAUACUGGCGAGAUGAAACAAUAUUCUUGCUGUCGAGGGAGUAUUUCGUAGUUUACAUCAACAAAAUGGGUGGUCAGAAAGUAACCGGAGAUACGUUUACAAGGCACUUGCCAUACUCCGUGGUGGCUAAACUAACGUCACUUCUAGAUCCAGGAAAACAAUGGGAGAAGUUUAUUGUAAACAUACCACGAAAAUUGGUGAUGUUGGACCAGGAUGAAUUUGUGCCGAAGUAUGAUCUUACGUAUGUAAGUAUGAUCGAUGAACGAGGCAAGAAGAUGGGAUCAAGUUCAACACGUGCAAUCUUGGACGAUUGGGGAACCCAGAAUGUGCGUGUUAAACAUCUGAUCAAAGUACUGGUGAUUUCAGAGUUGUACGCAGCCGCGGAUUACUUGUCAGUGAAUGUGUUGGGUGGGGAACCAGUGCCACGACCACGUUUGGAAACACCUAAUGACAGAACGGGUCAAGAAGGCCUGUCAGAGAGGGAUACAAGUGCUGCAAAAGAAUAUGAAGAUAGAGAAACCAUUUAUGUUCGGAAACAUCGUGAGGAUCAGGUUUUAUCAGAAAUCCCGGAAUCCUUUGAAAGUUUAAGUGAGGAGAGAAGACUUUCUGUGAGAAGUGGUUUACCAUCUGCCGAUCUGAAGUCAGGACUCAGUCUAGGGAGUAUACGAGCUCCUGGAGAAUCAGAUGAAAUUGCCGAAGAAGAGGAAGUUUUGAGACAGCUCAAUGGAAAUGAGGCUAUCCUGUUACGACAACUUGACUUCAAAAUGUUGAAACAUAUCACUAAUAAUUUCAAUGAGACAGAAAUGAGCAAGGGAGGCAAUUUGAUAGGCAGGGGAGGAUUUGGGACAGUUUUUCUGGGUCAGUUUAACAAUGGUUUCAAGAUUGCUGUGAAAUGCUUAAAGGAAGAAAAUGAUGAUAAUCUGAAACAGUUUCAGACAGAGUUGAAUGUUCUCUCGAAGUAUCGUCACGAAAACAUUGUCCAUCUUCUGGGAUAUUCCAGAGAAGAUGCAAACCACUGCCUGAUUUAUGAGUACAUGUCUAACGGAUCAUUAGAAGAUCGACUUUCGCGAAAGAAUGAGACAGAGCCUCUCAGCUGUCCAGUGAGAUUAAGCAUAGCUCAGGGCACGGCAAGGGGAAUAAACUAUCUCAAUCAGAAUGGGUUUGUUCAUAGAGACAUCAAAAGUGCAAAUGUCUUACUAGACAAAGAAUUUAUUCCUAAAGUUGGUGACUUUGCAACUGCCAGAUUAGCACCAAAAGGAACGGGCACAACAUUCACACAGACAAUGGUAGUGAUUGGCACGUCAGCUUACUUAGCACCGGAGGCAUUGCAGUUUGAUGUCUCUGCCAAACUGGACACAUACAGCUAUGGGGUUGUCCUCCUUGAACUGUUGACAGGUCUUCCAUCCUAUGACGAGGAGCGAGAAGAUCGAGAUUUGUGGAGCCACGUUGAGGAGAACUGUGAGGAUAUCAUGGACAUGGUUGAUCAGUUGGCCGGUUCCUGGAAGGAAGAGACGGCCAUCGCCAUGUACGACAUCGCAACCAGGUGCCUUGUCAAGAAGAAGAAAAGGCCUCUCAUUGAAGACAUUCUUCCAGAACUGGAGAACUUGUCAAAUUAAGAACUGUGUGAUAGGACUGAGGAGUUAUAUGGUUAUGUAACAAUAACAGCAGAGGUAUUAAUAACUUUAAAAUUGAUAAUGUAAAUCAGGAAAGUUUG